GAUUAAUUUGAGUUGACAAAUCAAAAUGCUACUCCAAAAUAAGACACUUCGAGAUGAAAAAAACGAAACUCCCAAGAUUUUAAUAUGAAAGCUCUCACUCUAGUCUUUAUCGGUUGCCUUAACAAGAAUGGAAUUUUCGUUUUUGAUUUUUUGGGGCUGAAAACGAGGGAUUAGGUGAAUUUGCAGGAGUUGUUGACUCGAGUUGAGGAGGUGUUCAAUAUACAAUGUUUCCGCUUUCCUCAGCAACUACUAAAAAGGUUUCUGUUUGUGGAGGAUUGAAAUCCAUUUCUCCACAUGGGAUGAGAUUUGAUGCCAAGUGCAACGGUUUUGACAAAGUUUUCAUGAAUUUCUCCAACAGUCUUGACGUUAGAACAAGACCUUCUUCGUGUCUUCACCUCAACAAUGUCGGAAACACCAAACUGUCAUUAUAUCCGACUGGAUUUCAAAAUUUGAGACAAUGUAAGCUGAGCUGUUACCAAGUUGGGCACUGUUUAGGAUCAAACAACAUGAUGUUUGUAGAUGGUGACGAGCUAGUUGAUUUUCUUAGCAACACGAUUGAUAAUGCUGAGGCGCCUCCCAGCUUUGCCGAUGUUGAAUCAGUUGUGCCUUCUCGUCUGGCAUCUCAUUCAUUCCACGUGGAUACAGAUGCACUGUCGUUCCUGGAAACAAAAUUGUCUGAUAUUGUUUCCAAAUUGAAGGAAGCUGCUGCUGAUGCAUCUAACAUAGGAGAAGAUUUUCUGAACAAGUUCUCUGAUAGUGUAACCUUGCCACUGACUACUAAUCUUAAAGAUACCAAUCGAGCAGUUAGUGAUUCCAUCAAUGAGAUUAUCUCGUUUAUCAAUAAAUCUGCAGGACCACAUUCGCAUGGUAGUGAGUUGUCUGGACUAUGUAGUGAGUUGAAGGAGGCAUCAAGCAGAGCCUGGCCUUUUGCACUUGAUGUUUUGAGGGGAACAAUUGUUGUAGUCGAAAACUCUUUGGAACGAGGGGGCAAAAUUUUCGGAUAUGCUUACAGUUCCGUUAAGGAAUUUCUCCCUCCAGAAGUCCAAGUAGCACUUGGUUUAUCUGAAGAAAGAGUAGAGAAAGUAUUAUCUCCUGCUGGAAAUGCAUUUCAACAGGUUUACAUGGCUGUGGAGGGAUUUGAAGAAAGUCUUGGCUUGGACCCUAAUGAUCCACUUGUUCCGUUUGUUCUUUUCCUUGGACUCUCCGUGACUCUAUGGGCUUCUUAUAGGAUAGUGAAAUAUAGUGGAUAUGCAGGAGAUUUUUCUCCUCAGCCGGCUUUGGAGUUCAUACAAGGGAAUGAAAAUGCUGUACUUGUCGACAUUCGACCUGAGAAUUUCAAGGAAAGAGACGGCGUUCCUGAUCUUCGAAGGGCAGCAAGAUUUCGAUACGCCAGUGUGAUACUUCCUGAGGUUGAUGGCUCCACGAAGAAGUUGCUGAAGGGGGGAAGAGAUAUUGAAUACACAUUGCUAGCUGCUGUUAUUCGCAACCUUAAUAUUGUUGAUGACAGGUCUAUUGUUUUAGUUAUGGAUGCUGAUGGAACUUUUUCUAAGGGUGUCGCAAGAUCACUGAGAAAGCUUGGGACUAAGAAACCUUAUAUUGUCAAAGGUGGCUUUCGCACUUGGGUGAAAAAUGGCUUACGUGUUAAAAUAGCAAAACCUGAGACAGCACUUACAAUAAUUAAUGAGGAAGCUGAAGCGAUCUUGGAGGAAAUUAAACCAACUCCACUGAAAACCAUUGGGUAUGGAGUGGUUUUUGUAGGGGCGAUCUAUUCAGUAGUAGAGUGGGAGAAGACUCUGCAAUUUAUCGGUGUAAUUGGUCUGGGCCAGGUAAUUGGUUUCUUAAAUCUUGUCUUCUGCACACUUGAUUCUCGUCAUUGCCAAACGGCACAUAUCCACAUACCCUAGAUCUUUUAGCGAAAUUUUGAGACCUCGUAAAAUAUUUUGCCAUAUGUUCUCUUUAGGGGAUGCAUCUAUAAGGUUUCUAGGUAUAAUGUGUGGUUGGGAGAAUUUACCCCCUAGCUUACUGGUUCAAUUAUUAAUCAGGAUAAAGUAAACUUAAUAAGCUCAGAAAUAACUUAAAAUGUCCUAAAGAAGUUAUUGUACCCUAUUAAUGGUGCUAAGCUCUUGGUUUGAUGCUGUUGUUCUUUUGUGUUUGAUGUAUUUGAUCUCUUCUAUUAUUGAAUACUGUAAUAUAAUUCCUCUUGAGAAGCUAGACGUGAAGCGCAUAUAAUACCUUGUUUCCUCACUUUUAAAUUAU